AUGUUUUGUAUUUGUAAAUUGAAGAUCUUUACCAAUUUUUAUGUGAUCAUAAGAGUACAUUAGUACUAGUACACGUACACAAUGGCAAGACACAAAGCAUCUGCUGUGCUAGAGGUACUUCAAGCUGUGUCAAGCUCCCAAUGUAGGUGCCCCGCCCACUCUCAAGCUUUCGGAGGAUACAGGAUUUUGCAGCCUAAUGUUACUGCUGGUAGCCUACGGAGGAGUCACAGUGAUGGGCAGACAACGGAGUAUGCGUUUGAGAUGGCAACCUCUAACAUUCGCUAUGGUGAGGGGGUGACUAGAGAAGUGGGGAUGGAUGUCGUUAACCUAGGGAUUAAGCACAUCUGUGUCUUCACCGACCCUAAUCUUGCUAGAUUGCCACCACUAAAGGCUGUAUUGGACUCACUGCAUUCAAGCUCUGUCAACUAUUCCGUGUUUGACAAAGUAUCCAUUGAACCAACCAACACAAGCUUUGAAGAGGCCAUUUCGUUUGUUCGUGAGAGAGGUUUUGAUGGAUUCCUGGCUGUUGGUGGAGGGUCAGUGAUGGACACAGCCAAGGCUGCUAAUCUCUACUCCUGCUAUCCUGAUGCAGACUUUCUGGAUUUUGUCAAUGCACCGAUCGGCAAAGGACUGCCUAUAGACAAAAGGCUCCACCCUCUGAUUUGUGUUCCUACAACUGCUGGGACUGGGAGUGAGACAACUGGAGUGAGCAUAUUCGACCACAAGCCUCUCGGAGCAAAGACAGGUAUUGGAGACAGAGCACUGAGGCCACUUUUGGGCAUUGUGGAUCCCCUACACACCCGAUACAUGCCCACCAAUGUGGCUGCUUACAGUGGAUUUGAUGUCCUUUGUCAUGCUCUUGAGUCAUUCACGGCAAUACCGUACACGGAGAGGACUCCUCGUCCUUCUAACCCUCUCAACAGACCCGCCUACCAAGGCAGCAACCCCAUCUCUGAUCUCUGGUCAACUCAUGCACUCAAGAUCAUUAAGAAGUACUUCAAGAGGUCAGUGUUUGAUGCCGAUGACCAAGAGGCACGAUCGGCCAUGCAUCUUGCCAGUGUGUAUGCUGGAGUGGGGUUCGGGAAUGCUGGAGUCCACCUACCGCACGGCAUGUCAUAUCCAAUAUCAGGACUGGUCAAGUCAUUUCGAGCCGAGGGCUAUGAUCAAUCUAAACCUCUAGUGCCUCACGGGUUGUCGGUGGUGAUCUCAGCACCAGCUGUGUUCACGUUCACAGCACCCCUCUGUCCAGAGAGGCACUUAGAGGCAGCUGAACUACUCGGUGCGGAUAUAACAAGUGCUAAACUAGAAGAUGCUGGUCUCAUUUUGGCUGACGCAUUGCGUGGCUACAUGCAAGCAAUGGGGGUGAUGAAUGGACUGAGAGAGUUGGGAUAUUCUAUUGAAGAUGUCCCCAGUCUAGUGAAGGGCACACUGCCACAACAGAGGGUUACCAAACUGUCUCCAAGAAGCUUCACGGAGGAACAGCUGGCUGGAAUGUUUGAGAACUCAAUGACUGUGUAUUAG